AUGGCAAACACGAAGCUCAGAAUCCUCGUUCUCCUCCUUGCAAUUGUCGCUUUGGCUCUUGCAGCUCCAAUCCGUUUGGGAAAGACCGUUACGAUAGAUAGUAAAUCGGUCUUUUGUCUACUUCUUCCACGACAAUUCGGUGGCGACAUUGCCGCUAGCGAAAAUAGUGCUGUUUCAUUUUGCACGAAAUCUACUCCUAACGCACCCAAUGCCAACACUCUUCCAAAGGGAUUUAUCAAGACGGUAAACUACGCUACUGGACCAGGCUACGUUCAAAUUACGGGCAGAAUCGACAGAAGAAAGUAUGGUUUGAGUCCAGACGAUGGUGGCGGUCAGUAUGAUACUAAGGCUCCCCGUGGUGCAUCCUGUGCUGGAUCCAAGAAGUUUGUGCAAUUAAUAGAACCCGACGCACAAUUGUACUGUAUACGUUGCUGUACCGAUCCUAAGAAAUGCAACACUGGAAUUAGUACUAAGGGAUGUAGAGUAGUUAUUCCCGGCAAGUACUGA